AUGCGUUCAAUCAUAAUAUUCUCUGCUCUCUUCUUAUGUGGCAUGUCUGCACCUAUUUACAGUAACUAUGAACAGUAUGUAAAAUAUGAAAUUUUAAAUAAAACGACUACAAAUCCUACCACUAUCUAUAGUACGAAGAAGUUUAUUAGUACCAAUAAAAUGAAUAUCGUUGAUGAAGCUGAACAUUCAUCUAAUAAAAUAGAUAAUUUUGUAAAAUCAUGUAAAAUUAUAAUACCUUCGAUUCUUGGUCUCAUCAUUUUCCUAUAUACGGUUUUGUUCUACAUAAUUAAAUUUUAUAAAAAUAAUUGUACAUUUAAAUGGUCCUGGAUCAAACCGAAAACACCAGAAGAAUAUCAACGUCGUCAUCAGUCCUCACAAGAACAACAAAUAGCUUUAACUCAAUUAAUUCGACAUCUUCAAGAAACAUCUCAAACAAUAUAUUCAGUUACAUAA